CGAUAAAAAAGAUCCCCUCCAAAACACCCCACUACAACUUUUGUAUAGUUGAGCGUCGCAACCUCCUCGAAGUGAUUUGCCAUGUCUAUCGAUUUCGCGAGGGAGGAAGAAGUGGUUCUGAGGAGGUGGAGAGAAAUCAAAGCUUUUGAAAGGCAAAUAGAACUUUCUCGAGGCCGAAAACCCUACACUUUCUAUGAUGGACCUCCAUUUGCGACGGGCCUCCCGCAUUAUGGCCAUCUGCUGGCGUCUACGAUCAAAGACAUUAUUCCUCGAUACUGGUCUAUGAAAGGCCAUUUUGUUGAACGAAGAUUUGGCUGGGACACGCAUGGGUUGCCAAUCGAAUACGAAAUCGACCAAAAAUUGGGAGUAUCAGGGAAGCAAGCAGUCCAGGAAUUGGGAAUUACGCGCUACAAUCAAGAAUGCAAGGCUAUUGUCAUGAGAUUUGCAUCUGAAUGGCGACAAACAAUCGAUCGACUUGGUCGGUGGAUUGAUUUUGAUAAUGAUUAUAAGACUAUGAAUCCCACAUUCAUGGAAUCCGUUUGGUGGGUAUUCAAGCAGCUCUUCGAAAAAGAGGUGGUCUAUAGGGGCUAUCGCGUUAUGCCAUUUUCCACCGCACUCCAUACUCCACUCAGUAACUUUGAAGCUCAACAAAAUUAUAAAGACACACAGGAUCCCGCUAUUGUCGUUUCCUUUCCUCUCCUUGAUGAUCCCACGACCAACCUGCUGGCCUGGACAACAACACCAUGGACCCUGCCAGCUCACACCGGUCUUGCUGCCCAUCCGGACUUUGAUUAUAUAAAAAUCCACGAUGAAAAGUCUGGCAAAAACUAUAUUCUUCUAGAGGCACUUAUUCGCACAUUGUACAAGGAUCCGAAGAAGGCAAAGUUCACGAUCCUUCAACGAUUUAAAGGCAAAGACAUGCUAGGCUGGAGAUACGAACCACUCUUUGACUAUUUCUAUGAGGAAUUCAAGGAUGUUGGUUUCCGGGUGCUCAAUGCGAGUUAUGUCACCCAAGAUAGCGGUGUUGGUCUUGUGCAUCAAGCUCCAGCUUAUGGUGAAGAGGACUACAAUGUUGCUUUCCAGGCAGGAGUGAUCAGUGACAAGCGCCUGCCUCCGAACCCGGUGGAUGACAGUGGCUGUUUCACCUCCGAAGUGCGAGAUUUUGCGGGCCAAUAUGUAAAGACAGCGGACAAGGCUAUCAUUAAACAUCUGAAGAAUACUGGCCGUCUCGUUGUGGAUGGACAAAUUACUCACAGCUACCCGUUCUGUUGGCGCUCUGACACGCCGCUUAUUUAUCGGGCUGUUCCGGCAUGGUUUGUGAGGAUACCCGAUAUCAUUCCGCAAAUGCUGGAUAAUAUUGAGAAAUCCCACUGGGUACCUGCCUUUGUAAAGGAAAAGCGCUUCGCCAGCUGGAUUGCAAAUGCUCGGGACUGGAACGUCUCAAGGAAUCGCUACUGGGGGACCCCUAUACCAUUAUGGGCAAACGAGGAUUUCACCGAGAUAGUAUGUGUCGGCAGCGUUCAGGAGCUCAAGGAGCUGAGUGGGUUUGAAGGAGAUCUGAGCGAUUUGCAUCGGGAUCAUGUCGACAAAAUUACAAUCCCCAGUAAAAGAGGAACCGGUGUUCUCCGUCGCAUCGAGGAAGUUUUUGACUGCUGGUUUGAAUCGGGCAGUAUGCCAUACGCUUCGCAACACUAUCCUUUCGAGAAUAAAGGCGUCUUCGAGAAGUCUUUCCCUGGAGAUUUCAUAGCAGAGGGGUUGGAUCAAACCCGUGGAUGGUUUUACACCCUUGCAGUCCUCGGCACCCAUCUCUUUGGCACUUUGCCGUUUAAGAAUUGCGUCGUAAACGGCAUAGUCCUUGCCGAAGAUGGGAAAAAGAUGUCAAAACGGCUCAAGAACUAUCCUGACCCCUCCCUCAUAAUGAACAGAUAUGGGUCCGAUGCACUUCGGCUCUAUCUUAUUAAUUCUCCUGUUGUACGAGCGGAGCCGCUCAGGUUCAAGGAGUCGGGGGUCAAGGAAAUCGUUGCUAAGGUCUUACUUCCUCUGUGGAACAGUUACAAAUUCUUUGAAGGACAAGUCACGUUACUGAAGAAGAUGGAAGAUGUUGACUAUGUGUUCGACCCGAAGGCAGGAUCCACCAACGAGAAUGUUAUGGAUCGGUGGAUUCUCGCCAGCUGCCAGAGCCUUCUCAAAUUUGUGAACGAAGAAAUGGCCGCUUAUCGACUAUACACGGUCGUCCCUCGCCUGUUGGCGUUGAUUGACAACACCACAAACUGGUACAUUCGCUUCAACCGUAAGCGCUUGAAGGGUGAGCUCGGCCUCGACGAUACACAGCACGCGCUCAAUACGCUUUUCGAGGUGCUCUUCACAUUGUGCAGAGGGCUUGCACCAUUUACGCCCUUUCUUACAGAUAAUAUUUAUCAACGUUUAGCCGUUCACAUCCCCGGGGAACUCCAGGGCGAAGAUCCCAGGAGUGUACAUUUCUUGCCCUUCCCAGAGGUCAAGGAGGAGCUUUUCGAUGCAGCGGUAGAACGUCGUGUUGGGAGGAUGCAAAAGAUCAUUGAACUCGCGCGCAUAUCGCGAGAGAGGAGAGCAAUUGGUCUUAAGACCCCUUUGAAGUCUCUCAUUGUGAUCCACCCAGACCCGCAAUAUCUUGAUGACGUCAGAUCUCUUCAAUCCUACAUUUGUGAGGAGCUUAAUAUCCGAGAUCUUGUCCUUUCAGCCAAUGAAGACAAAUAUAACGUUCAGUACAGCGUCACGGCAGAUUGGCCAACUCUCGGCAAGAAGCUGAAGAAGGAUGCACAGAAGGUUAAAAAGGCCCUUCCAAGCCUGACCAGCGACAAUGUUCGGCAGUUUGCGCUGACGAAACGGAUCGUCGUUGAUGGAAUUGAGCUUGGCCAAGAGGAUCUCGUGAUUAAGCGGGCACUCGGUCAAGAUGAUGCCUCGAAGAACUUAGAACCUAAUGUGGAUGACGAAGUCUUGACUAUUUUGGAUGCAGAAAUCUACCCUGGACUGGCACAAGAGGGUCUCGCUCGCGAGAUUAUAAACCGUGUCCAAAAGCUGCGCAAAAAGGCGGGAUUGGUUCCUACCGAUGACGUGAAAAUGGAAUAUCAGGUUCUCAGCGAUCCCGAAAUGGUUGGGAUAAAGGAGGCUUUUGAGCAGCAAACAUCACUGAUCGAGAAAGCGCUUAGAAGAUCGCUUGAUAGUACCACUACUGCCGAGGGACAAUCGAAGGCAGGAUCUUCAGUCACCCGCGAUCUUAUUCUGGAGGAAGAGCAGGAGGUACAAAAGGCGACGUUCUUACUCCGACUGAUGAAACUCUAGUAAGCCUUUAGAAGAUAAAACUUUACGAGCACCGCGUCAUUUAGAAUCGUAGACAUUACAAUUCAUGGAAUAGUACAUUGAACAGUUGGCAGCAAAGAAUCCUGCUCUAGAUAGAAAUCCAACAUUUAUUUAAAUAUUUAGCCUAGUGCGCGAAUACUGGUGGUCAAAAACUCAGGCG